ACAAACACUGCAAACGACGUAAACACACACAAAAAAUGUCGUCUUUCACAUACAACAAACAGGCAACAUCGACGACCAAACAUAGUAGCAGAAACAACGGUUUUACCGUUUUUGCUGGCCAGCAUCACGCUCGUGAUUUUGGGACUCGUCUCUGACGUUCGAGCUGACGAAUGUCAUUUGACUCCAGUGAUUCACGUUCUACAGUAUCCUGGCUGCAUCCCGAAACCGAUUCCUUCGUUCGCUUGCACUGGCAAAUGCACCAGCUACGUCCAGGUUUCCGGAUCGAAACUGUGGCAAACGGAGCGUUCGUGCAUGUGUUGCCAAGAGUCAGGUGAGCGUGAAGCCACCGUCUCCCUGCUGUGUCCGAAAGCCGCACCUGGAGAACCCAAACUGCGACGGGUCGUGACUCGGGCGCCGGUCGACUGCAUGUGUAGACCGUGUACAGCCGUCGAAGAAAGCGCCGUCAUGCCACAAGAGAUAGCCCGUUUCCUCGAUGAUGGAUCUUUCCCUUUCAAAAUCUAAAAAAAAAACAAAAUAGAAAAUAAUUAAAACAAUUCUCUAAAAAAACAAAAACAAAUGGGAAAAUACUCUACAUAGUCGUCGCCUAAAUUCGCUGUGGCUUAUUUGUUCUUUUUAAUUUGUUUGAGGAUAAUAUCUUUCUAUUUAUUGACGUCGUAUAUAUAUUUAUACAAUACACACGUUUUAGAAGUCUA